CUGUGUUGUGGCAGAGUGAUGCUACCCUCCAGGGGCAUUUUCCAGGGGAAACUAGAGUCUGUUUCUUUCCUUGUCAUGUGCCCCAGUGUCCUCUGCGGACAUCUGUGAUCUUCAGAUGACGUCUGCCAUCUUCAACUUUCAGAGUCUACUGACCGUAAUCUUGCUGCUUAUAUGUACCUGCGCCUAUAUCAGGUCCUUGGCUCCCAGCUUACUGGACAAAAAUAAAACUGGACUAUUGGGAAUAUUCUGGAAGUGCGCCAGGAUUGGUGAACGAAAGAGUCCCUAUGUGGCAGCAUGCUGUGUUGUGAUGGCCUUCAGCAUUCUGUUUGUACAAUAGCAGCUGGAGAGUGUCCCCUACACCCUGCUACAAACAGCAAAACAUGGAAGAACUUCUGGCAGGAAAAGAUGGGAAAGUGUCAUCAAGUCUGCUCUUGCACAUUGGAUAGCCUGUCUCUCCAUGACAACCCCCCCACCCACAAGCAGACCAUUGUGUACAGUGUUAAGUGAUCAUGAAGUCACUGACUCCAGACAAUAUGUACUUACUAAUGUCAAGUCUGUACUGACUCUCCUGAUGUAUCUCUUGAAAGGGUGUCUGUUGUAUAUCUGAGUUUUAGGGGAACUUUUUUUACACCAUGCAGUUGAAAAGGCUUUUAUUUUUUGUUUGAUAGACAAAAAAUGAUUUCAUUAAAUUUUAUUUAAUGAAACUUAAAAAUGAUAAAUCUAGCAAUAGCAAUAAGACCACUCUUCAAAGAAUAAAGAACAUUGUGUAUCUAAGAUAUGUUUAUGGAAGUAUUUUCAGUUCUUACUAUCUGAACAAUUCCUGUCAUUUUGUGAUAUCUAUACAUGCAUACUAAAAAUAUGUCCUCUAGUAGAAGUUACAUUCAGCUUUUGUUCUUUAAACUUGUAAUUGCUCAAAUACUCUAUCAAUAUCUUUGUUGUUCGUAUGAAUAAAGGCAGGGACCAUAAUUGUAGUAAUGUCUGACUAGCUGCUGAGAAGGCACAGUUGUGGGAUUUGAUAACCUGGACUGCUCUGUGUAAAAUAUUGUGUGCACCUUCAGCAAGUUUGUGGGUGAUACCAAGCUUAGUGGUGCAGUUGUCACACCAGGAAGACAGGGUGUCAUCCAGAGGGACCUGGACAAGCUGGAGAAGCAGGCCCUGUGUGAACCUCAUGAGGUUCAACAAGGGCAAGAUCCUAUACCUGUGUCAGGGCAAUCCCUGUUUUCAGUACACCAUGGGGCAUGACGUGAUUGAGAGCAGCCCUGCAGAGAAAGACUUGGGGGUGCUGGUCGAUGAGAAGCUCGACGUAAGCUGGCAUUGUGCACUCGCAGCCCAGAAGGCCAACCAUGUCCUGGGUUGCAUCAAAAGAAGCAUGACCAGCAGGUCGAGGGAGGUGAUUCUGCCCCUCUGCUCCUCUCUUGCAAGACCCGACCUGGAGUUCUGUGUCCAGUUCUGGAAUCCCCAAUAUAAGCAGGAUGUGGAACUGUUGGAAUGGGCCCAGAGGAGGGCUACGAAGAUGAUGAGGAGGCUGGAGCACCUCUGUUAUGAGGGCAGGCUGAGAGAGUUGGGUUUGUUCAGCCUGGAGAAUAGAAGGCUCUGGGGAGCACUUACAGUGGCCUUGCAGUACCUGAAGGAGUGAUACAUGAAAGCUGGGGAGGGACUUUUUAGAAGGGCAUGUAGUAAUAGGAUGAGGGAGAAUGGGUAUAAAUUGGAAAGGGAAAGAUUUUGUUUAGACAUUAGGAAGAAAUUCUUCACAAUGAGGGUGGCAUGGCAAUGGUGCAUGUUGCCCAGGGAAGUUGUGGAUGCUCCAUCCCUGGAAGUGUUCAAGGACAGGUUGGAUGGGGCCUUGAGCAGCCUGGCCUAGUGGGAGGUGUCCCUGCCCAUGGCAGGGGGUUAGAACUGGAUGAUUUUUAAGGACCUUCCAGCAACCAUUCUAUGAUUCUAUGAUUUCUUAAUGUUUAGAGAUCUAGGUUUGUGGUAAAUUAUUCCUCAACUUUCUCAGUUUUGUGACAAAAAGAUUCUACAGUCUCUUCUGCUAGUAUUGCAUGUAAUAGAAGGUUGCUAAAUCAGCCAAAUGAAUCCUUAGCUGCUUAGGAGUCUGUGGAUGGGGAAGUUGUAUGUCCAGUAACAUUUUAAUAAAGAUUAAAGAUAAAGCUGGAGAAGCAGGCCCUCUAUGAAACUCAUGAGGUUCAACAAGGCCAAGUGCAAGGUCCUAUACCUGACUCAGGGCAAUCCCCGUUUUCAGUACACCACAAGGGAUGACGUGAUUGAGAACAGCUCUGCAGAGAAGGACUUGGGGGUCCUGGUUGAUGAGAAGCUCGACAUGAGCCGGCAGUGUGUGCUCACAGCCCAGAAAGCUGACUGUGUCCUGGGCUGCAUCAAAAGAAGCGUGGCCAGCAGGUCGAGGGAGAUGAUUCUGCCCCUCUAUUCCUCUCUUGUGAGACCUCAUCUGGACAGUUGUGUCCAGUUCUGAAAUCCUCAAUGUAAGAAGGAUAUGGAGCUGUUGGAACGGGUGCAGAAGAUGGCUACAAGGAUGAUCAGAGGGCUGGAGCACCUUUCCUAUAAGGACAGGCUGAGAGAGUUGGGUUUGUUCAGCCUGGAGAAGAGAAGGCUCAGAGGAGAUCUUUUAGCGGCCUUCCAGUACUUGAAAGGGGCCUAAAGGAAAGCUGGAAAGGGGCUAUUUGUAAAGGCUUGUGGGGUUAGGACCAGGGGGAGUGGGUAUAAACUGGAGAGGGGCAGAUUUAGACUGGACAUUGGGAAGAAUUUCUUCACUAUGAGAGUGGUGAGGCACUGGAACAGGUUGCCCAGGGAAGUUGUGGCUGCCCAAUCCCUGGAGGUGUUCAAGGCCAGGUCGGAUGGGGCCUUGGGCAGCCUGACUUAGUGGGAUGUCCUUGCCCAUGGCAGGGGCAUUGGAACAAGACGAUCUUUAAGGUUCCUUCCAACCCUAACUAUUCUAUGAUUCUGUGAUUAGAUUAGCUUUAUGAAUACUUGCCAUUAGCAUUUGUUUUAUAGUUUUGUAGACUAUAAGUAAUCUAGUAAUUUAUUUUAAUAAUGUCUGACAGGUGUGUUUAUAUGAAGCAACAUAGACUGCAUAUUGGCUGCAUUUGAGAGAGUUGUCUGUCAGCAGUAUUUUUGUUCUGAAAAAGUGUAUGAUCAGAAUGAGCUAAGCUGGCAAUAAAACACACUGAAAGGUACGUAACUGUUGUUCUUGUUUGAAAAACUUGCUUCAUCGAUCCAAAUUACCUCGUAUUUAGAAAGGAAGUGAUUAUUAGUUAUUACCUUUGUGCUGUCAUGUACCUGCAUAUCUAAAUCACCAUCAGAAGUACUUGUCCAAAACCCUUUUCUGAAUACGGAAAAGUAGAUUGCUCCAGUUUGGCCAAAUAAAUACCUCUGGCUAUAAAGCAGGUUCAGAAUACAAAGCUGUGUGAUGAUGACUAUGCUGUGCACACAUACAGGACUUCAUCUGUGCAGGAUAUCUGGGGAGAGGCAAAAUCUAUUUCUGUAAUAUUAAAUACGGAUACUGCUGCAAACUGCAUCAAAGCAACUCAUUUCUGCAUUUCAAAAGUGCCAUUCCUAGACCAGAAGGAGGGAAAUGCCUAAGGAGACUUGGGUUUUGACUGCCAGGUGUAUACAUGUUCAAAAUAAGCAAAGAAUCAUCUGGUAACUUUAUCUAUUAAGCAAUUAUGUUCUAGUUUUUAAUUUUUGUAGGACUUUAUAACACAUAGUAGUGUUUGUAUAAUGUUCACACAUUUUCGAUUCAUCUAAAGCUACUAUAGUUAUCAGAAUAAUUUAUAUUAAUGUUUUAUUUUUAACUGUAACUGGGAAUACUAGUGCAACAACCCAAGGAAUUUUUUGAUUCUGAGAAUCCAAAAAGUAUUGAUAUGAAGAUACUGCGUUACAAAAGCUGUUCACAGCCUUUUGUCAUUGCAGUUCAGACAGAUAGGCCUCUUCCUACUUGUCAUUUGUUGUCCAAACUUUAAAAUUAUUGCCUAUACAGUAGUUCUUCGUGCUGUCCUAAAUGCAGGUAACUGAUGGAUACAUUGUAUUUUGGGACUUUUUAUUUGCAGCUCUUUGUGACAUUUACAGGGUAUUCAUGGUCGACUAACUGCUUAACUGCUCAACAGAUCUACAUUGGCAGCAAAGCAAGUAACAGGUACCUUAGCAUCUGCUGGCGAUACGUAAGUUCAGCAGUAGUAGGUUGUGUGCGAGCAUAAGAAAUGAUUGUAGGCAGAGGUAAGUGUCACGUUUGAUGGGGCCACUCACCAGUUGCCUUUAGUAAAAGUGUCUGAAAACAGGAUCUUUAACCUGGCAAGCUUCAGUUGUUUUAAAAUGACUGCUUUGGGCAGGUGUUUGCCUCAGGAUCUGAGUUGUUUUUCAAGAUUUUAGCUUUGAAAAGUUUGAUACUUCAUCCCUUUUGCUAAGAUAUAAAGAAAAUAUUGUUUUCCCACUUUACAAUCUUAAAGAUAUUUUGCUUUCUUUCCUGGCAUUCUUUCAUGUAAAAGAGACGUAAGAAACCAAGAAUACCUUAACAAGGUAAUAGUUUGACCAAGGUGUAAAUCAUGUGAGAAGGCAGAGGAAAGUAUAACUCUGGGGACUCGCACUUGGUAAAGCUUUAUCACAAAUCUUUCUUAAACUAUCAGUCUGAAUUGUGUAAAUUUCAAUAAGGAAUCAAUAAAUUAUAGUAGACUUCUAUCAGAAGAGUUGUCAAGAAAAAUAAUCUUUUCUUGUACUCAGUCUUUGCUGAGUCCUGGACUGAAUAGAGAAAAUGAAGUGCUUAUUAUCAAAUUAUUCAGGUACUAAAUAAACCAAAGUGGUAGAUACAUGAUUGUAGAAUUUGAGAUAAGCUGACAGAGUAGAUAAUGGCUAUCACAAAUGGCUGAAAAGACAGCAGCAGAAGUUCCUCUCUGAAAUACAAGAGCUUACCAUCACACCAAGCCUAUACACCUAAUCCUGGGUUUUGAAAGGUGUGCAGGGAGUGAGCGGAAUAGUGAUUAGAUAUGCUAUAGUUGUGCCUACUAUAGAAAAGUACUCCCUCAUUGGGACUUCACCUUUUUAUCUGAAAAACAUAAUGUAUGGUGGCUCUAACAUCUGGCAAGGUUCCCCAUCUCUACUUGGUGCACACAUUGCAUGAAAGGUGACAGUAGCAUAGGUUGUGGUUUUAAGUGCAGCUUGGAGGAGGAGUCCUAUCUGGUUUUCUCCACUAAUGGGAGAACAAGAAUGCAGGAUUAUAGAAGAGCAUUUUCUAGUAAGAUAUCUUACCUUGGAUCAAGAUUAUACAACUUGAAAAAUAUGUGUUCUCCCUUCUACGAGUUGCAUGAGCAAAAGGAAAGGUACAGACCGCACAUUGCACCCUCAGCAAGUUUGCAGAUGACACCAAGCUGAGUGGUACAGUUGUCACACCAGGAGAACAGGGUGUCAUCCAGAGGGACCUGGACAAGCUGGAGGAGAAGGGCUGUGUGAACCUCAUGAGGUUCAACAAGGCCGAGGACAAGGUCCUACGCCUGGGUCAGGGCAGUCUAUGGUUUCAGUAUAGGAUGGGGGAUGACGUAAUUGAGAGCAGCCUUGCAGAGAAAGACUUAGGGGUGCUGGUUGAUGAGAAGCUCAACAUGAGCUGGCAAUGUGCACUCACAGUCCAGAAGGCCAACCGUAUCUGGGCUGCGUCAAAAGAAGCGUGGCCAGCAGGGAGAGGUGAUUCUGCCCCUCUAUUCCACUCUUUUGAGACCCCACCUGGAGUGUUGUGUCCCGUGCUGGAAUCCUCAACAUAAUUAAGAAGGAGCUGUUGGAACGGGUCCAGAGGAGGGCUACAAAGAUGAUCAGAGCGCUGGAGCACCUUCCCUAUGAGGACAGGCUUCGAGAGUUGGGUUUGUUCAGCCUGGAGAAUAGAAGGCUCUGGGGAGACCUUGCAGUGGCCUUGCAGGAUCAGAACGGGUGGUACAAGAAAGCUGGGGAGGGACUUUUUAGAAGGGCAUGUAGUGAUAGGAUGAGGGGGAAUGGCUUUAAAUUGGAAGGGAAGGAUUUUGUUUAGACAUUAGGAAGAUAUUCUUCAUUGUGAGAGUGGUGAGGCACUGGCACAGGUUGCCCAGGGAAAUUGUGGAUGCUCCAUCCCUGUAAGUGUUCAAGGCCAGGUUGGAUGGGGCCUUGAACAGCCUGAUAGAGUGGGACAUGUGGGAUUGGAACUGGAUGUUCUUUAAGGACCUUCCAACAACAAUACAAUUCUAUGAUUCUAUGAUCUUGUGUUUCAUAGAUGUGUUCUCUCUGUAGCAGUUUAGAUUUGUGUUUGCAACUUAUUAAUGUAUCUGAGCUUCCUUGUGGUUUGACGAGAAUUACAGGCCAAAUUAGAAGUCCAUCUGCAAGCCCUUCCCGUUUCAGGCACUGACUGAACUGAGCUUUGUCUGCCACGGCUGUAUGUUUAUUGAUUCCCUAAAGGUAUAUCAAGCUAAAAUUUACUAAAAAGACACAAAUUUGA